AUGAAAAGGCCUCCGAAGAUUCUCGCGCCGACAUCACCUAAAAUGGAUCCAGUCACUUCAUCGCGAAUGAUGUUUGGUACUUUAAAUCCCAAAGCAUUUAGCCACCCUCUUUUUCAAAGAUCCACUAAUAAUACAGUUUAUGAUGAAGUAAUUGAACAUACAAUGCGUGCUGAACAGCUCAAAUCGGAGUAUGACUCUCUUAAAAGUCAAUUAGAUGAAAUAAUAAACGCUCCUGACGCAAAUGCAUUUUGCCAAUUUGAAAAAUGGCAACAACAAUUCCAACAAGUAUUAGCUGAACGUGAAAGUCAACUUGAAAUGUUCACAAAAAACGUUAUGUCGUUUAGAGAAACAACAAAUCCAUCGUUUGUCGAAGUAAUGUCAAAGAAAACUUCACCAAUUCAAUUUGAUACGAUUUCGUAUACACUAUUAGUAUCUAAUCCGCAGCGUGGAUGGUUUUCAUCAGAAGAUAUUAAUAAACAAAACCAAGAUUUAAGAGAAUUAAUUCGAACACAAGAAAAUACAAUAAAAGUUCUUUCAGCGCGUCUAGCUUUGUUUGAUCAAUUCAGGAACAAAACACAAGCGCAAGAUACCAUUAAAACACUUCAAAAUGGCGCAAUUCCAACUCCAAUGCAAGCAGCAGCUCCAACACGAUCUGUAGAACUUAGAACUACAAAGAAACUCAUGUCAAAGCAAUUACAAGAGCUUAUUGACGAGAGAAAGAAAGUUAUGGCCCCUAAAAUCGAAAAGAAACUUCAAAAAAGAAGAGAAAGAUCUCAGAAUCAAAAAGCAAUCGUUAUUCAACGUGUCGUUAGAGGUUUCCUUGCUCGUUUGGAGGUAAAGAGAAUGCACAAGGCAGCUACAAAGAUCCAAUCCUUCUGGAGAGGAGUAAGAGUAAGGACACAAAGAGGAAAAGUGAAGUUAAUUAAGAAACAACCGUCACUUUUCAAAAUUACGAAAAGAAAGAUGUCUACAAUGGCGAUUCCUCUUAUUGAAAACACCCAGAAUACUCCUAAUAACUCUGAAAUGAAUAGUAACAUCAACAGCUCUCAAAGACCAGAAGCAAUCCUAAAUAAUACGCAAAGAACUGAUCCAUCAUCAAAGAUUUCGUCUCGGUCUGGGAGAUCUGAGAAUUCUGUGAAGAUUAAUAUGAAUUCUGCAAGAUCUGAUAACUCUUCUAGAUCUAGAGCUUCAACAGCUUCAAAAGUUUCGACAAAUUCUAAAGUUUCUACUAAAUCUAAGCAAUCAACUCAAUCUAAGGUUUCUAUCGAUUCUAAAGCGACUGCAAAUUCAAAGAACUCACUUGUUUAA